AUGAAUUCAAAAUCGAUCGAAAGCAGAACUAAUGGUUCUUCUUCAUCAGUGGACAGUGACUAUGGUCAAAACCGAUACCUUGGUGUUGAGGGUGUGGAAGACUACAUACUUAGUAAGGAUGAAUACCACGAGCCGCGGAAGCCAAAUACAAAGAUCCAGAAAUGCACACACCCUUUAAACAACAUCCUUUUUUUAAAGACUCAUCACACCGGAAGUGACAUCAUUAGCAAUAUUCUGAAUCGAUACGCGGACCUCCGUGAUCUUAAGGUGGCGAUACCCAGCGGUGGCGUGUCGACAUUCUAUUGGCCAGCACGUUUCCACUGGAGACACUUAGAUUUAUCAAUAGUGGACGGCAUUUUACCCAAUAUUCUUAGCAAUCAUGCAAGAUAUAAUCCUGAUAUAAUGGAUCAAAUAAUGCCUUCUGGGACAGCUUACAUCACAAUGUUACGUCAUCCCUUGAGUAAUUUUGAUGCGUCAUUUGGCAAUGAGGAUUUCGCUGGACUUUUGGAUAUGUACGAGUACUCGGAUCCCAUUGGGGCCUUCUUGGAAAACCCUAAGUACCAUAUACAAAGAAUAAUAAAGAGAAAUACCUUUAAAGAUACACUGAAUCUGAUCAAGAAUGGGAUGUUCUUUGACCUUGGCCUUCGCACUGCCGAUUACCACAAACAAGAGAUAGUAAAAGACGCCAUCUUGGAUAUCGAUGAAAAAUUYAUUUUAGUUGUGAUUUAUGAACAUCUCGAUGAAUCGCUUGUUUUAUUGAAGAGAAAACUCUGUUGGGAACUCGACGAUGUUCUUUAUCUUAAAAAAUCGCUUAUCAAUACCAAUGUUUCCAGACUGUACACGUACCAAGAAUUACAAAGUUUACAAAAGUGGAGUAAAGCGGACUUUUCACUUUACAACUAUUUCAAUUCAACUUUAUGGAAAAAGAUAUCACAUGAAGAAAACUUUUAUGAAGAGUUAAWACACUUUAGAAGAAAACAGAAAGAAAUCGAAGAUGAAUGCUUGGAAUAUUUGCAUGACACACGUACAGARUCACGUGACUUAAAUAAUUCAUUACCCCGAAUGAACCAGUAUUAUUGUCACAAAAUGAAUCUAUCUACUGCGAGAUAUCUGGAAUAUUUCAGAACUAAGUUCAUAACAAGUASACAUUAAUUUACUGGGUGGUUCGACUAUAUUUUUUAAAAUUCUUUGAAAAUGGCCCUCAUUCAAGGAGCUGAGUCUCAAAUACACCAUUUUCGAAUUCAAAGCGAAUAACCGCUGUUUUUUUGACUGCAGAUUCUCUUACGCAAAGAACUUACCAAACACAAAAGAAAGCGCAAGAAAAAUUAAUKUUGYCAGUACAAUAGUGUUAACAAUGUACACAUCAGCCUCMUUCACAGGCWACUCYAUCGGAAACGGACAUUUUUCUCUUUUUGGUCUUCCUGUGUUCAUAAUCUUGACCGAGAAGAACUGGUGUCGAGAGAUUAGGAACAACGAAUAAGACUUUGCCUCAACACAGRAACCCCACGGAGUAGAGUUGCCUGCAAGGAGACUAUGUACACAUCCCCGAGUUGAGACUAACACUGUAUUCCCAGAAGGCUCAUAGUACCUUAGGUCUUUUGAGAGUACAGGGUUGUCUCGACUCGGGGGAAAUGAAAAUUUGUACGACAUUUUCUCGUGCUAUCUCUAGCUUGUGUUUGAUCAGGACUUUGCGCAAGAAAUCUGUUGUCAAAUAAAGCAGCGGUUUUUACCAUUAAUUCGAUUAUUACCAAACUAUCAGCAUGCCAGUCCAAARAUGAGUUUUGGAAGUCGAGCCCUGAUUAAGCAGAUACAACUCGAAUGUGAAGCCAAGAGCCAUGUACUUUUAUAAGGACAUAAAAUGUAAUCCGUCUGUAUCAGCUGUAUCUGUGGCAUGUGUUAAAUUUGCAAUAAAGUGACGUU